AUGGGACCACAACUCAGUCUCGGGUCAGAAAACUUCCCCGAGACUAGGAGGAGGAAGGGCUGUCAGCCACCGCCCACGGGCUCCCCGGCGGGGCCGAGACGGGUGUCCCCUCUCCUCGGUGCGGCGGGAGCGGCGCCCCCCUCUCCGCUUCACCACCCGCGCCCCUGCCGCCGGAGCAGCGCCGGCUCCUGCGCGGCCGCCCCGCCGGUAGCAGGCGGCCGGGAGCAGCGGGGAGGCGGAGGCGGGGGAGGCGCUGCCGCUGCUGCCGGGCGCUCUCCGUCCGCCCCGCACCGACGUCGGCGCGAAGCCCCGCCGGCAGCUGGGGGGAGCGGGGGGUGUGCGCGUCGCGGAUGAAAGGAGGCAGAUGCUUCCCGAGGCGCAGCCCCGCCGGAGGGGCUCGGCCCUGGCCAGUGCCUGUCCGUGUGCCGGCUGAAGCGCUCGGCCACCGCCCACUCCGGUUCGCGGGCACCCACCGGACGGGUGUUGCGGAGCGGACGGAGCCGUGCGCCCCUCCGAGGACUGACAGGCAGUCCCGGCUGCGCCGCUGCGGGUGCCGAACCACCGCGGAGGUGGCCCGAGGUGACGGGAGGCCGGGAGAGGUGCCGCCCCAGAACAGGGAGCGCUGCCACCAGAAUGGUUCCAAGUCAUUCUUCUACUGUAAAUUAUACUGAUCCUACAUUAGAGCCUGUUGUAACUGAAAAUUCAGUCAUACGACAGAAGAUAAUAGAUUCGCAGUUCAAAUGCUAUGAGAGGAUGAACAGAGCUCCUCCAUAUAAGAAAAAAGGACUGUUCUGCAACCGAACGUGGGAUGGCUGGUUGUGCUGGGAUGACACACCUGCUGGCAGAAUCACUGCUCAGAAUUGCCCAGAUUAUUUUCCAGACUUUGAUCCAACUGAAAGAGCUUCAAAAUAUUGUGAUGAAACUGGAAACUGGUUUCGCCAUCCUGAGAGCAACCGAACGUGGUCCAACUAUACCCUGUGCAACUCUUUCACUUCUGAAAAAUUAAAGAUGGCGUUCAUACUUUAUUAUAUGGCAAUUGUCGGCCAUGCUUUGUCCAUAACAUCGCUGUUGAUUUCCUUGGCAAUUUUCUUCUAUUUCAAGAGCCUCAGCUGUCAAAGGAUAACACUGCAUAAGAAUUUGUUUUCUUCUUAUGUGCUGAACUCCAUGUUUACAAUUGCCCACCUCAUUGCUGUUGUGCCUAAUCCAGACCUUGUUAAAAGGGAUCCUGUAAGCUGCAAAGUCCUGCAAUUCUUUCAUCAGUACAUGCUGGGCUGCAACUACUUCUGGAUGCUCUGCGAAGGCAUUUAUCUUCACACACUGAUUGUGGUGGCAGUGUUUGCUGAGGAGCAGCGUUUGCACUGGUAUUACCUCCUCGGCUGGGGGUUCCCUUUAGUGCCAGCAUCUAUUCACGCUAUUGCAAGAGCCAGAUACUUCAAUGACAACUGCUGGAUGAGUGUUGACACACACUUGCUCUAUAUUGUUCAUGGACCUGUAAUGGCAGCUUUAUUGGUCAAUUUUUUCUUUUUGCUUAACAUUGUCCGAGUUUUGGUGACAAAGCUAAGAGAUACCCACCGUGCUGAGUCCAACAUGUACAUGAAAGCUGUCAGAGCCACUUUAAUCCUGGUGCCCUUGCUAGGAAUUCAGUUUGUUAUUAUUCCCUGGAGACCUGAAAACCGACUCGCUGGAGAAAUAUAUGAUUAUAUCAUGCAUAUAUUAAUGCAUUACCAGGGCUUACUUGUGGCAACUAUAUUCUGCUUCUUCAAUGGUGAGGUACAAGGAGCUUUGAAGAGGCAGUGGACACAGUACAAAACUCAGUGGGGCCAAAGGCGCCGAGAACACUGUUCCACGCGAUCUACCUCCUACACUGCCACAUCAAUCACAGAGGUCCCUGUCUACUUGUACCAUCAUGAUUCCAACAAUGAACAGUUAAAUGGAAGAUACAUAGAGGACUCUGAACUUGUUGCAUUAAAAUCUGGGGAGACAUCUGCCUAG